AUGACAGAGACAUCUCGUUACCUGGUCAGGUACGUGACAGCUGAUGGAGAAGUCAGGCUAAAGAGAGAAAUUGACACUGCGGGUUCAAUAGACAAUGUGGUUGUUGCAUACUGUGCUAAACAGACAAAUGGAGAUGCGCUUGGCUUCCAAUACUGUACAUCUCAGCCAUCUGGUCAGGCAUGUCAAAAAAAUGUAAAAGAUUUUGAAAAGGACAUAAAGGGACACACUUCAGAGGCUGUGUUUCAUCAGACUGGGGCAUUAGGGAAAUUGAAGGAAAAUGGAGAUGAGUGUAUAUCUGUUUCUAUAAAUGGAAAACAGGAUUCCUCUUUUCUCCCCAAAGAUCAGAAAAAACCUCCACCUGACAGAAAAAUACACCAGAGGAUGGAGAAUGAUGGCCCUCCUCCGGCCAUCUCUCACCCACUAGAGGAAGUCUUACCAGUGGCCAUGUUUAAUGACUGUGAAAAAUCGUUAUCAGGGAAAAUUACAACACAGGAUUUCCCAAACACAGUAGAAGCCUUAAAGCCAGCAAAAGGCAAAUUUAUUACCGAAGUCAAAUGUGGGGCUUUCAAUGUACAAGUGGAAACCACAAAAAGCAUUUUCUGUAAAACAGGAGCACAGUUUCCUGUGAAAAAGCGAUGUCCAACAUGUCACCAACAUUAUUCUGUCCAGCAAGUACAGAGAGGCUCUGCAUCUCGGGGCCACUUCCCUAAAUAUAAUACUAUAUUAUCAGAAGAGUUCAAACACAAGGUUCCGUCUACAUGCAAAGGAGAGGUUUCUAAAGGUGAGAUCCCUUCAAUAAACAUAAGCAUCAUAGGAAAAGAAAUAAUGGUUGAGUACGCAAGUAAAGAACAGAACAUACUUAUCAAUGUAUCUCAUCCUAAAAGCAUAGGCAAAUUGACAAAACAUAGGAAAAAUUCUUUGAAUCACAUUAGGAAAGAACCUUGUCAGUCUCCUUCCCAGCCUGCCAUAAAUCAGCCUGAAAAAUGUAGGCUUAAAAACCAGAACCAGAGUUCAGAUGGUUCGCAUGAUUCUUCCUGUAGUGUAAAUACUAUCCAGAAAGAGGAUUCAGACAAAAUUGUGAUUUCUCUAAGCUCACCUCUCAGGAGAGAGAACAAGAAACCCAACACACCGCCUUCUGACCCAGAUGAUUCUGAAGAGAGAGAUCCUGCCACAUCUCAGAGGAAGCUCUUUCAAAUUGUCCAAGACAACCCCCCAAAGCAACAUUUCUUCAUGGCAGACAAUUGUCUUCCUGCCCCAUCUGAAACCUCAAAGACCACAAGUUUAAAUAACUUGUAUUUAAGUAAAAUGUCUUUUGAGGAUUCCAUGGAUGUGAACAGAGAGAAAAAAAACAGCUCUGAUGUCAAGAAAAGCAUCCCCUCAGAUUCCCAAGGACAGCCAUGCACAGCAGGAACAAAUGGUCCCCUAAGUACAAUGGGUGGUGUAAUUCCCUUUCAGGAGGCCUCAGACUCUGAGGCCUGUCAUUUGUCUUCUCUAGCCAUGCAGCUCUUGGGAGAAAAUGCAGCCAGCAUCAGCUGCAGAGACAACAGAAUUCCACCAGCAGAAGGUUGUGACAACUCAAGUUCUGUACCCUUCCCUGUCAGUGAACAUGAUCUGAUGCCUUCUCCUUUACUCAGUCCAUCUCACUGGGCCACCAGACAUUCAGAACUUGCAGACACUUCUGAGAACACGUUUUUAUUUAGCCAACAUAAUGGGGUUAAGACAGAGCAGGAGAUAGUACUUGGUGAUGUGACUUACAGAGACAUUAAUGAGGCUGUGUUACAUAGUGACUCUUCUGCAAACACACAGCUAUUGGAAAGAAAGAGCACAAAAAAUCCAACUGUCAGGCUUGCAUCUUGCAGCAGCGUAGGCUCGAAGAGCCCACCCCAUGGCAUUAUUCACAGAUCUGUGGGAUGGGAUCAAACAGAGGACCAUGUAAAUCAUUUAGAGACAGCAACCCUCAACAGAACAGAAGUGUCAGUCGCGGCCUCCAUAACUGAUGAGUUAGAGCAGAGAGUCACUACUCAGCAUUGCAAAGAAGGCACAGUUGAUUCUAACUGUCCCAUGGCAAUAAGAACCCCUAUAGAGUCAGCAGACCCUCCGGAAAAUGUUGAAGAUAACAAAUGGCAGGCACUACCAGCAGUAGAGAGUAUAUGCCACGGAAAUUUAGAAGACCUGACUGGUGAGAAUCACAAUGACCUAUGUUGUAGAAUGGAGUUUCCACCAAACUCCACCGAGUCUGCCUGUACAGGGCUGUCCGCAGAAGAGCUGUUUCUCCUUGAUAAGACACUAACCAGUGACACAGAUCCAAAUAGUAAUGCAGGUGACAAAAGUCUUGAACUGAACAACUUCCAGCAGGAGCCAGCAGAGUGCCAAAGGACUCCGUCAAAUGGACAGCCUGAAGAAAGGGAGGACAAGGGUGACCCCACAGAAACUUCCUGUCGCCCUGUGGACAUAUUGCUGUCACCGCAGAAGCAGAAGGCUCUGAAAGGCCAGAAUUUGGAAAACAAUAAUGCCCGAAAGCUGUCUCAGGAAUUGGCCUGGAGAGGUGAGAGAGCCAGUGAUGGUUCUCAGGAAGAAGCAAUAGACCAGUGGGCCAGGAGGAGGCAGCAGUUCAAGGAUGGCAAGAGAUGCAGCUCAGUUGGGGGCAGUUCUGCCAUCAGCAACUUCACUGAAGGCUCUGUUACCUCAGAUGAUGCUCAUUCUGUGGAUUUUGGCUUUCGGGUUGAUAUUGAAGAAAAAGGAUUCUACACAGAGAAUUUCCAUUCAACAGCAUGGGUUUUCAGAGGUGAUGAUGGGAAUCCUGAAGACAGCCCCAGGUGUCUUAGUAAAAAGCCAAGACCAGUAGCUGUUCGAGAGCGAACUGUGAGGCUAUUCAAAGGAACUGGAGAUUACCCCUGGGGAUUCCGGAUUCAGUUCUCCAAACCAAUCGUGGUAACUGAAGUGGAUACCAACAGUGCUGCCGAGGAAGCUGGACUCCAGAUUGGAGACGUGGUGCUGUCUGUCAAUGGCACCGAGGUCACCAGUGUUGAGCAUGCAGAAGCUGUGCACCUUGCAAAGAAAGGUCCAGACAUCUUGACCCUGGUGGUGGGAUCUGACAUCAGCCGCUGUCCCAAUACACCAUGGCCCACCUGUCGUGGCUACCUGCAUAAGAGGACCCACUCGGGCUUUGUGAAGGGCUGGAGGAAGAGGUGGUUUGUGUUGAAGCAUGACGGCUAUCUCCUGUAUUACAAACACAGAAAGGAUGAAGAGAAGUGGCCACCUCUAGGCAUAAUAAAAUUAGAAGGAGCAGACAUUGAUGUUGACAACAGCUUGGGAAAACCAUUUGUGUUUAACUGUAUGCCUCGGUCUGGAAGUAGAAUAUUUUGCCUCUGUGCAACUUCAAACCAAGAGAUGCAAAGGUGGCUUGAGGCAAUGCACAAAGCAGCCCAUCCUAUACGCCAGACCCACGUCUGGGAAGAUGUUACACUGCACAACAGUAGCCUCCCACCUCUCGCUAUCAAAGACCCUGAAUGUCUGGGCCUUCUGCAUCAGCUGGAGAGAAGCACAGGGGUGUGGCUCCAACACUACUGCAUUCUGAAGGAUGGCUGCUUGUAUUUCUAUGCUAGUAUUCGCUCCACGCAGGCAUCAGGUGGCCUGUAUCUCCAAGGGUAUAGGGUGACUGAACAGACCCACGGCUUUGAAGAAGCAGUAAUUGAACUCAAACCUCCAUCAGAAGAAUUCAAGACUUUCUAUUUCUGUGCAGAAAAUAAAACAGAAAAUCAGCGCUGGAUUACAGCUUUGAAAACAUCUAUCAAAAAAUGGCUUCCUUUGGACCAGGCUAUUCAAGAGUUCAUGAAUCGACCUUUAGAGGAGACAAGAAUGUGAAAGAAACUCUAAAUAAAAACACACACAUUCCACAAAGGUAUCCCCAAAUUGAGAAAAGAAAUAAUUUCUGAAGUAUAGUUUUUCAAGUGAAUCUACUCCUUGUGUUUUAUAAGUUGUAGCAGCUGAUAUCAGUGUUCAAGUAUUGCAUUUAUGUCGUAGUCUCUUCUCCAGGCUGCUUACAUUUGCAUCAGUGUACCUUAG